GGAAUCAGAGGAGUUUUACAUUAUGAACCGUAAAGAGCGUGGGAUCUGCCUCAUCAUAAACAAUUUUAACUUUGAAAAGUCAAGACAGAACGGUCCUCAAUGUACCCGUUUGGAAAACAGGAAUGGAACAGAAAAAGAUGAAAAGUCACUCAAUGAGGUAUUUUCCAGACUUGGUUUCCGUGUUGAGGUGAAGAAUGACCUUGAUGGAAAUGAGAUUCUCGAGACUGUUGGAUCGUACAGCAAGCAGAACUUUGAUAAUAAUGACUGUUUUAUCUGCUGCAUUCUGUCCCAUGGAAACACAGGAUUAGUUUAUGGCACAGAUGGGCAAGGUGUAGCCAUCAGUGAUCUUACCUUUUGUUUCCGUAAGUGCUUAUGCUCCUCAUUAAAUGGAAAGCCCAAACUCUUCUUUAUUCAAGCAUGUCAAGGAGUGCAACCUCAGAAUUGUGUUCCUGUGGAAUCAGAUGCCUGUAAUGCCUCUCAUGUGGAUAAUGUGACAAGCAAUGACCUGAUUCCAGGAGAACCAGAUUUCCUGCUUGGGAUGGCCACCGUAUUGCGCUGCUCAGCCUUCCGUCAUCCUAAUGAGGGUUCCUGGUACAUUCAGUCUCUGUGCAGUGAGCUCAGUGCACAUUAUCACAGAGGUGAGGACAUACUCUCCAUUCUUACAAAGGUAAAUGAGCAACUGAGCAAGAAGUGUGUUUCAAAUAAAACGCAAAUGCCACAACCCUGGACAACACUCAGCAGAAAGCUUGUCUUCAAUUUACCAGCCAGCCCUGUGUCCCAUAUCACACCCAACGACAACUAA